UACUUCAUAAAUCACUGCGCUAUUCCUGCCUCAACCACGCUGCUAACGCUCUUAAUAGGUGAACCACGAAAAGUCCUUUAGAAAAUGAAUCCCGCUCCACAGUCGCGCAUCUACACAAUAUUUAGUUCAUAAAAAAGAAAGAGUCGUGCUUAGCUACCAAAAAAAAGUCCGUCGCUGAAUUUGCCUUCGAUUCUCGAUGCGACUAUGUUUUAUGCCGAACUAGUUUCUUCAGAGCGUAAUAUGAUCUUGGUCACGAGUGGUGGCACGGUUCGACACGUGAUCAGUCUACACCAAUGAGGUAGCUGCUUUUUGUCAACAGAAUGGCAAGAUGGCGUCCUCGAGCAGGACAGAAGACGAAGAAAAUACACUGGAAUAUAGUAAUAAAUCAAAAAACAAACAUUGUUUUAUGCAUAUUACUUCAGUCAAGCACGAGGAGGUACAUUAUUUCACCACUACACGAUGGAAUACAUACAGGACAAGCCUACAAACGUGGCUCGGGUUGGACAGUGAGUCCCGGGACGUGGCUGAGAACUUCAAACACUGUGUUGAUGUGGAGUUUGACAAUAUUCCCGAGGAUGCUGGCUUCCAUCACACGUGCUACCGUAGAUUUACGGACAAAAAAUCCAUGGCAAAGGUGGAAAGACGUCUCGCACGUGAGAGACAAGAAGCGACGGAAGACCACGAGGCCAUUCCAUCGACUUCUAGCGGCACGAGUCCAACAAAGAAACUGCGAUCGAGGUCAGGGCUGCCAAUCGCAGGCUCUGGCCCCGUUCUUCCUGCCCUGUGCAUAAUUUGUCAAAAAAAGGAGAAGUUUGUCAACCGAGCAGGCAAACGACAAAGGGAUACUCUGUCAAAGGCUAAAACAUUAACAGCAGGCCAAUUGCAGAAAGCUGCUGAGUUGAAGGAGGACCAAAGUAUUCUUUUGCAUAUAAAAGACAAAGACUGUGUGGCUCUGGAGGUGCAGUACCACAAAGGCUGUUAUAAUCAGUACACCAGGUUUUUGACGAGGCCUGAAAAACCAGAGAAAGACCAGAAUGAGCCCACGUUUGAUGUCAGCUAUAAGAUAUUCUGUGAAAGGAUCAUUUGCCAAAGGCUGCUUGUCAACCAAGAGGUGCUGAGAAUGGGCCAGCUGAGGAAGGCCUUCAUUGAACUGGUGAAAGCAAAUGAAGGUCUUGAUGCUUCAAACUACAGACAGGAUAUGUUGAAGAAGAGGCUGGCUCGUGAUUUCCCCCAGCUGGUGUUUCACAUCCCCACCAAGCGCAACAUCUGCGAGCUGGUUUUUGCAGAGACCCUGUCAACCGGUACACUCGCGGGACUCCACAAGUGCCUUUUAUGGCAAAGGGGGAAAAAAGACAUUUUCUGUUGCAUGUGAGAAAGGUGAGUACCUAAAGGCUUUUAAAAGUUUAGGUACUCACUUUAACUUGGAGCAGUCAACAUUUGCACUUCUUUGCCAGUAUGUGUGCCACUUAUAUGAUCAGCCAGCUGCCGAUAAUGUCAAUGAAGCUAGGUACAAGGCUUUCUGUAUGGCAUCAUCAGCCUUGCCAGAAAUAUGCAUUCCCCCAACUACUGAUGCCCUCCAACAGCACUGCAAAAGGGCAAACUACCAGGCUGCAAUAAUGAGGUCCUGUCGCAAACAAAAAAUAAGUGCUCCAUCACCUGCUGGAUAUGGUUGGCAAAUAGAGGAUGGGACCUUGCACAUCACCUGGAUGACCAGAAAUCCGGCCCCUGACAGUGUUUUGCAUGUGAUACAUUGCGGCUGCAAAGGUGCCUGUGAGACAGGAAGAUGUUCCUGUUUUUCUGCAGGAUUGUGUUGCAGACUUAUGUCGUUGCUGUAAUUGUGCCAACACCAAAGACACCGAGCAACUGGAAGACAACUGUCCUGACACUGACAGUGAGGACUGAGCGUCCUUAAUAUAUUAUUUCUUUUGUAGUUUUGUACAGUUUUAUAUAUCAGUCAUAUUUUUCAUAAAGAUUGUUUCUAUUGUU